UUUCAUUUCUUUCUCUAACCAAUAAGAGGCAUAAACGGAGACUGAUAUACACCUAUCUAUUCUAUGUAAUCCUAAGCAGGAUCGAUAUGCUUGCGGCAACAAUCAAGUGCGAGUCCAGCUAUAUCUACGCCACCCGCAACUGAAUGUUCUUGUCCUUGACACUUUCUGCCUAUACUUCACACAUGAUUCGCAUUUCAUAUGAAGAUGGGCCCACCAGAUUCUUCCAAUCGUCUGUCCAACUUUAGAUCUGCGUCGGGCGUUGGUCAGGCACAACAACGGCAGCAGCAUUUAGCAUGCGAUAGAUGCAGAGGUCAGAAACUCCGGUGUAUACGCACUUCGAACCUACAUGCUUCAUGUCAAAGAUGCCAGAAUGCCGGCGCAACAUGUGUUACUGAUCCUUCGGUGCGCAUGGGACGACCUCAACGUUCAGAUAAAGACCGACGAAAGGCAACAAACAAUUCACACAAAUCCCAACCAAAACAUCCACCAAACUCACCCAAUUCACGACAGUCACCAUCUCCGACAUCUUCGAAGAACUUCACCACCAAUAGCAAUGUCUGGACGGGUCCGGAUCUGGAAGAGUCAAUUGAUUCCAAUCUGAUGGAUGCACAAAAUCAGAAUUCUCUUGAUUUCGAACUUCACCACGUCGAACUUGACAACGAGCAAACGUGUAUAUCCCCGUCGCAAAAUAGUUUUGACAACGUCUUCGAUCUUUUCUCUCCUCAUGUACCUCAAAAUCUCGACGAUUUUGGUGCGUUUGGAUUUGGGACCGAAGGAACAACCGUCUCUCUACAAGAAUUCCCAUUUGUAUCAAUUGAACCGGUUACAAUUGACCAAACUACAGCUAGACAGCCCAAAGAUGAGGAAAAUCCCAAACUUCAAGCUCGGGUGGUUUCUAUACCAACGCCACAGGAAGCAGUCGAAAAGGUCUCAAAUCUGAACCUCGAACUUCACCGACAACUGAGCAUCAUUGGUCGAAAGGAAGAAUAAUUUGGCAUCACGGAAGCCAGCUCAAUGGAGAGCGUUGGCAGGCAAAACGUUCUCUCGCCUGCCAUUAUUUUCAUGAUUCAAGGGCUGCAGACAUUUCACGGAUUACUUGUCAAUAUUCUUAGCACGGCAUAUCAAACUUGACUCGAAGUUUUGG